AUGCUCGGUUCUCUUGUUGUCCUGGCUCUUGCCAGCCUUUCCAUCGCCUCGCCAACUUUGGAGAAGCGAGCCAUCACAUGUCUCAAAGUUGGCCAAACAGCGACUGCUUCGUGGACCAAUAGUGGUGGGAAGAAAUGUACUUUCACGGGUGUUGUUGGCAGCAACUACGGUACCAAUCCUUCCGGAUCAGGAGAUUACUCUUGUAAUGGAAGAUGUGGAGCCGGGUGCAGCGGCACUGCUGUUGGAAACGUCUAUACACAAGAUUGCUUCUCUCACGAUAUCUGCUCGUACUUCAACUCCGCUUCUGGAGGUGCCAGUGACCCCAACUGCGGAGCUGCUUACAAUGCGGCUGUCGACGAUACUGCUUUAGGAUUUGCGAAUGGUUGCAGCCAGACGAAUCCAAGCAACAGUGUUGCCAAACCCAAUAGUGCUCCGGUUUGCGUAUAG